AUGAAGACUACGAUUCUACUGCUUUGUCUUUUAGGAUCAACUCAGUCAUUACCAAUGCAGCUCAACCAUGCUUUAGGACUUCCUCCAAUAAAUUUGGUUCCAGAUCAGGCAACACUGAACCAACAGCAGUCAAAUCAGGUCUUCCCUUCAUUAAGUCUAAUACCAUUGACACAAAUACUCACUCUGGGGUCAGAUCUACAACUGCGAAAUGCUCCUGCACCUGGUGCUCAAACCCUCCCACUGUCCCUGGGGGCAGUGAAUGGACAACAGCAACUGCAGCCACAAAUGUUACCAGUUAUUGUAGCACAACUUGGAGCCCAGGGUACUAUUCUAAGCUCAGAGGAAUUGCCAGUGGCCUCACCCCUGUUGACAGGCCUGGUCUUCCAACCCUUACUCCAGGGAGCAAUCCUACCCAACAGUCAGAUAAAUCCAGACUUGCAUAACAGAAUACUUCCAGCUGGACAAGCAAAACCCAACCCUGCCCUCCAUGGAACCCCAGAGGGUCCCCUCCCAACGCCAAGCGGCAUAGAUGAUGACUUUGUGGUGACAACUCCUGCUGGCAUCCCAAGAGGUUUGCAUCUUCCUGAGGAAACCACCACAGAGUCUCCAGAAGUCUCGGCUGAGUCUCUGAAUCUUUCUAACCUAAAGGGGCAAGAAGUCAACGGGCCUGAGAGCACACGAUAG